AUGGCAUUCAAGGUCAAAGGAUUUAAGCAACACAAGGGAUCACAGCAACACAAGAGAUCACAGCAACACAAGAGAUCACAGCAACACAAGAGAUCACAGCAACACAAGAGAUCACAGCAACACAAGAGAUCACAGCAACACAAGAGGUCACAGCAACACAAGAGGUCACAGCAACACAAGAGAUCACAGCAACACAAGAGAUCACAGCAACACAAGAGGUCACAGCAACACAAGAGGUCACAGCAACACAAGAGACCACAGCAACACAAGAGGUCACAGCAACACAAGAGACCACAGCAACACAAGAGACCACAGCAACACAAGAGGUCACAGCAACACAAGAGAUCACAGCAACACAAGAGAUCACAGCAACACAAGAGAUCACAGCAACACAAGAGGUCACAGCAACACAAGAGGUCACAGCAACACAAGAGAUCACAGCAACACAAGAGAUCACAGCAACACAAGAGACCACAGCAACACAAGAGACCACAGCAACACAAGAGGUCACAGCAACACAAGAGACCACAGCAACACAAGAGACCACAGCAACACAAGAGGUCACAGCAACACAAGAGAUCACAGCAACACAAGAGAUCACAGCAACACAAGAGGUCACAGCAACACAAGAGGUCACAGCAACACAAGAGAUCACAGCAACACAAGAGAUCACAGCAACACAAGAGACCACAGCAACACAGCAAGACAAACAACAUAUUGUGUUCGGACUUCACAAUAUACAAUAUACUAAUAUACACUAUGCCUUAA